GCCUCAACUGUCACUCGCUUAUUUUGACAGACGGAAAACGGAAGUUUGGCAUUCUGGUACCUCCUUCGGCGCAGCGCUUCAAUUUGACAGCCUUUUUACUCUCCGCGAGUGUAUGGAAAUAGACGUGUAAAAUGAAGCUGAACGUUUCUUUUCCCGCUACGGGGGCCCAGAAGACCAUCGAGGUCAUGGAUGACCACAUCCUGCGCCACUUUUACGACAAGCGCAUGGGUGCGGAAAUCGGCGCCGACCAUCUCGGAGAUGACUGGAAGGGAUACGUCUUCAAGAUUGCCGGUGGCAACGACAAGCAGGGCUUCCCGAUGAAGCAGGGAGUGUUGACCAACACCCGUGUCCGUCUGCUGCUGAAGAAGGGCCAUUCGUGCUACCGUCCGCGUCGUACCGGUGAGCGCAAGCGCAAGUCGGUCCGCGGUUGCAUCGUCGACCAGAACCUGUCGGCGCUGGCGCUGAUCAUCCUGAGGAAGGGUGAGAAGGACAUUCCCGGACUGACCGAUACGACCGUGCCCCGUCGUCUUGGACCGAAGCGUGCGACCAACAUCCGCAAGCUGUACAACCUGACCAAGGAGGACGAUGUGCGUCAGUUUGUGGUCAAGCGCCCGCUGCCGGAGAAGGACGGCAAGAAGGCCAAGUCCAAGGCGCCGAAGAUCCAGCGUCUGAUCACGCCGGUGGUGCUGCAGCGCAAGAGACAUCGUCUCGCCAUCAAGAAGCGUCGCGUUGAGUCCCGCAAGGAGGCCGCGUCCGAGUACCUGAAGGUGCUGGCUCUGCGCCGCCGCCAGGAGCGUAUCCGCCGCCGGUCCCGACUGUCGUCGAUGCGUGACUCGCGCAGCUCGGUCGGCUCCGAGAAGGAGAAGGACAAGGCCGCCGUCAAGGCUGCCAAGAAGGUCGCCAAGAAGGAGGCCAAGAAGGAAGUCAAGAAGGUGACCGAAGCCGCCAAGAAGCGCGACGAGGCCAAGACCGCCAAGAAGUCCGACGGCAAGAAGGGCGACUCCGCCAAGCCGAAGGCCGAGGCUGGCAAGAAGGCUGCCGCCGGCGACAAGAAGGAGAAGAAGGUCGUGAAGAAGGACGGAGCGGCCGGAGCCAAGAAGGAGGCGCCCAAGAGGAAACCGGAGGCGGCCAAGGGUGGCGAUGCCAGCGCGGCCAAGAAGGAGAAGAAACAGAAGAAGGAGAAGAAGUAAAGAAGCGGCCCCGGGCUGGCGCUUUUUGUAAUUUAAUCUUAAUGAUAAACACAAAAAUACAGAGUUAAGAAAACACCUUCAACAGAAA